AUGGCAGUCCUCAAACCAAUUCCUGGGACGGACUAUUUUCUGUGGAAAUUCGUCCCUUCACGGCCCGCUUCGAUAGCACUUAUCUUUGUGUUCCUCGUCACAACGAUUUUGCAUCUUUGGCGAAUAUACAAGUUUCGCAGCUAUUUCUGUAUUGCUUUUACGCUUGGUUGUCUUUGCGAAGUCUUAGGUUAUGCAACUCGAGUAGUCGCCUAUGAUAAUACCGACAGCAUCGCCAUUUACGCAGUUCAAUCGAGCUUCCUCGUACUUGCGCCUGUUUUCUUCGCAGCCUCAAUCUACAUGACACUCGGCCGGAUCAUACGAUGCGUCAAGGGGGAGCACUUAUCAAUAAUCCGCCUCACUCGAAUAACAAAAACAUUCGUCUGGGGAGACUUCUUUACGUUGGGAAUACAAGGAGGAGCUGUGAAUCUGACGACGAAGGACAAGACAGCCAAGCUAGGAGAAAAUCUUGUAGUCGUUGGUUUGUGCAUGCAGCUGGCUCUCCUUGGAUUCUUCUUUUUAACGGCAGCCGUGUUUCACAAACGUCUUAGAAAACAACCAACGAUUGAAUCUACCACCACCAAUAUAUGGAAAAGUACACUCUACAUGAUAUAUGUCGUCAGUGCUCUGAUCUUCUUGAGAUCUGUUUUCCGCGUCAUUGAGUUCCUUCAGGGGACGGACGGAUACUCGUUGCGUAAUGAAUGGACGCUUUAUGUGUUUGACGCGGCGCCGAUGUUUGUGGUCACUUUGAUAUACUUUUGGUGGUAUCCUGGCUUUCUCUUGCAGACUCAAGAGGGCGAGGAACGCUUUGACAAAUAUCAGACCCACAAAUUAUCUUGGCGCGUCUGUGAUGAAGCCCACCCUACAUGUUCGAAUUGUCGGACCGCUGAGAAACUGUGCUCGUUUUCGCAGGGGAGUGUGGGGAGUAGUCCUAGUGAUUUUGAGUUUGUCGGGGGUGAGAAAGAUGGGAGGAAGGAUGAGAGAGGGAGGGUAGGUGUGGGGGGAACGAAAGAUGGGAGGGAUGUAGGUGAGAAGGUUAAUAUGUUGCAUCUGGAACUAUUCCGGAAUCUCACGAGGGGGAACCUGGGAAGUUUGUCCGGGAAUGAGAAGGAGGGGAGUGAAAAUUUUAAUGCGUGGCUUGAUACGGUGCUUAAGUACGAUUUCUCAUACCCCUAUCUCAUGUACGAAACCCUCGCCAUAUCCGCAUUUCACCUAAGCACCAUCCACCCAGAAAAGGCAUCUCUCUACCUCCGCGAAUCAGCGAGUCUCCAGGCGCAAGCCCUCGCAUUGUUUAAUACCUCUAUCUCCGUCGAUAAUCCGGAUAAUAUCAUCCCUUCCUUCCUGUUCUCCAGCGUCCUGGGGCUGCAUUUCUUCUGCGAGACAUUCUCAUCCCCCAGAACUGAUUUGAAUGACUUUCUGGACCGCUUGGUGCAGAGUAUUAAUUUACUAAGAGGGGUUUUGACGCUGAUAGGCGAUCAAUGGGAGACGAUUAAGAAUUCGGAUAUCAGAUGUCUCCUAGCCAUCGAAGACGACGACGUCGUCGACCGAAACGAUCACGUAACCCACGCAUUCGAAUCCCUCCUCUCACGCCUCUCUUCCUCCCCAACACUCACGCCUGACGAACUCGCCAUCUGCACUGAAGCCGUCACGCAACUCGUCUGGGUCUACAACUCCCAGCCCGCGAUCAUGGAUGGUAAGCGUCCGGACGCGCGAAUGGUGGUUACGUGGCCGAUCAAGGUGUCUGCUGAGUUCACGCGGUUGCUGGAUGAGCGGAAACCCGAGGCGCUGGUUGUGCUGGCGUAUUUUUCGAUUGUGCUGGAUGAGAGGAGGAGUUUUUGGGCGGUUGGGGAGGCAGGGAAGGAGUUGUUGAGGGCCAUUGGGGAGUUUCUUGGGGUGGGGUGGAGGGAGUGGUUGAGGGUUCCUAGGGGGAUGGUUUUGGGUGAGGAUGGGGAGGGGGAGGAUACGGAGAUGGUGUCUGCUUGA